CAUCCCUCAUUCACACCACUUACCCCCAAAACCACAUCCCAUCUUCCCUCGAAUCCACAAACCAAGUGAAUUUUCCAGUCCCAUCAUCAUGCAUUUCAUCAAGAGAGCAGCAGCCCGCGCCCUCGCCGCCCCAGCGAGCACCCUCCUCCGCGCCGCCCCGCGCACCUCCACCCCCCUCUCCAUCCGCCAAUCCGCAUCCGUCAUGUCGGCCUUCAAGCGCUACAACAGCAGCACAUCGGCGUCCGACGAGCCCAUCUCCACCGAUGCCUCUGAGCAGUCCAGCGUGAGCUCUGCCGUCGCGGCCGCUGCUGAGACUGGGGCCUUGGGCUUCGGAAUGGAUAAUCUGGAUGGUACGCGCCCGAACUCGAGGCCGCCGAUGGAUCUGCAGCCGACGAACUCGGUGUAUGUCGGGAAUCUGCUGUUUGAGGUCACGCCGCAGGAUUUGGAGAGGGAGUUUGCGCCGUAUGGGGAGAUUGUGACGAGUCGGAUUGCGCAGGACCCGAGAGGUCUUAGCAAGGGAUUCGGCUACAUCGAAUUCAGAGACAUCGAAUCCGCUCGCAACGCCAUCGAGCAACGCAACCAAACCAUCUUCGAAGGCCGCCGCCUCAUCGUAAACUACAUGGCCAAGACCCGCUCCAACGCCAAGUCCAAGAACCCCCCCUCCAAGACCCUCUUUAUCGGCAACCUGGCCUUCGAGAUGACCGAUGCCGACCUGAACAAGCUGUUCCGCGACAUCGUGAACGUGAUUGAUGUCCGUGUUGCUAUUGAUCGUCGCACUGGGCAGCCGAGAGGAUUUGCCCAUGCCGACUUUACGGAUGUGGAGUCUGCGGUUAAGGCGGCGGAGAUAUUGGAGGGGAAGGAGGUGUAUAAUAGGUCGUUGAGGUUGGAUUAUUCGUUGACGGCUACGAGGCAGAAUGUUGGCUUUGGACGGGGGGAUCGUGCGCCCAGGGGAGAUAGGGGAAACAGCUUUUAAGUGCUGAGUGUGUGCUGAAGGAGGGGAACUUGUACAAUAAGGGGUUUAUUGUACGAUGGUCACCUUGCAAGCGAGGGGGUACUGCGCAGGUUGGCUUGAGUCACCAGGCACAGUGCUCUACUCGGCGAAUCGUUUUAUAGACGCUCUUUUUGCAGAAGGUUGUUGUAAGAUAUAUAUACAAGAUGUUGGGGAAGGAAGGAAGACUGGUGGGAAAAUGGGAAGGGGAAGGAAAGGUGCAUGUAAGGUAUUGAAAGGGGGAGGCGUUGUAACAGUUGUUCCAUAUGUAAUUUUUUAUGUUCCGAUAUAGAAUCCAGUCUGGAAGUAUGUUGUAGAAAACAAGGCCACUUCACUUCACCUGAUUCGCUUUGCAAUAUUGGACACCCAGCGAAAUGUGACGUGAUAUCCAUCCCAUCCCAUCCCAUCCCA